UGUCUGAAUACAGAGCAACAGGCAUUCAGUGUUACUCACAUUCCAGAUAUUAACACUAUCUAAAGAGCAAAGGGGAGUUUCCAAAGUCAUCAAGUCCAUCCAACUUUGCCAUUUUCGGCCAGAGACCACUGAAAAUGACUCCCAAGAAGACUGCCGCUCCCUUCCUAUGGUUUUCUUUUUGCUUUGGGAAUGUUCUUGAGGCAGUGGUGCUGGGAUCGGUGCAGUACCCCUCUGAUAACGGGCUGCACUCACAUCUGGAUGCGCGCAGUUCUGCAGAAGCCAGCGCGAGCUCUCGGAACGACUCCACAUCUGUUCAUGUUCCGUCUUACAUGAUCUCUCUGUACAGGACUCUAUCGGAACUGGAUCGACGGGGAAGCAACGGCAGCCAGACGCGCUCCAGGAGAUAUGCCAAUACAGUGACCAGCUUCAUUGACCUGGGACAAGGUGAGUGAGACUGAUCCACCGGUGAGACAGAUAGAUAGAUGGGUUGUAAGAUGAUCUGCUUGAGGCCAUCGGUGCGGAUU